AUGAAAAUGCUCUGGAUGUGUGUUUUAACUUUUGUGAUGCCCAGUCAGAUUGGUGUGGUGGCCUUACCUCUCCACACCCCUGACCGGCUCCGUGCCACUGACCAGCCUCCACAACAUCCCACUGAGCUAUCUGAAGCUGAGCAGGAGUAUGCACAGGACUAUCUGCAGCGCUUCUAUGACUACAAGCCGAAGUCAGAAAGAAUAAAGAGGAAUGAAGCCUCUGGAAAAGAUGUUGGCUGGAAGCGGGACCUAUGUGAUAAAGUUAAGGAGAUGCAGCGCAACUUUGGGUUGCUUCCAAGUGGAGAGCUCAAUAGUGAGACGCUUGCGGUUAUGAAGAAGCCCCGCUGUGGUUUGUCAGAUGUGGAACCAUUUGGGGAAACAUUUCGCUGGAAGGAGAGCAGAAUCACCUACAGGAUAACUGAAAGCAAGCUCCCAGCUCCACUACCGGAGGUUCAAGAAGUCUUCAAGAAAGCAUGGAAGAUCUGGUCCAGUGUCGUACCGCUGAAAUUUCACAGGCGGAACAAAGCGGAGGCUGACAUUGAAAUCUCCUUCUAUAGUGGUGAUCACCAGGAUGCCUCACCUUUUGACAACAAAGGAGGAAUCCUGGCCCACGCCUUUCUGCCCGGGUCUGGCAUUGGUGGAGAUGUGCACUUUGAUGCUGAUGAAGAGUGGACAUUUAACUCUACUGGCAUCAACCUGCUUGCUGUGGCAGCGCAUGAAUUUGGUCAUGCACUUGGUCUGUUCCACACCUCUGACCCAGGGGCCCUCAUGUUCCCAGCGUACAACUUCAACCCCGGUGAUGAGGGACUGCUGUCCUUUCAUGAUGUCAAAGACAUCCAACGUGUUUACGGUAUCAAUCCCAAAUUUAGCUCAGUACUCUUAAAAAAACCUCCUCCAAGAACCCCUGACAGAUGUGAUCGCGAUCUGUCCUUUGAUGCAGUCACAAAAUUACAACAAGAAGUGGUGUUCUUCAAAGACAAAUUUAUGUGGCGCAAACAUCCCAACUUCAGUGAGGUACGCAUCGCCACGAUCAGCAGCCUGUGGCCAGACACUGUACCAUCCCAUAUACAUGCUGCAUAUGAGAACAUGGAAGACAACACUGUUUCGUUUUUCAAAGGUAAUCAGUACUGGAAGCUGAGGCACGACAAACUUUUUGAAGGUUUUCCUAGGAACAUCUCAGACUUUGGCUUCCCCUCUCGAAUAAAAUCUGUGGAUGCUGCUCUACAUUCCAGAAAAGAACACUAUACAAUGUUUUUCACUGGCCAGGAGUGUUGGAGCCUGGCGGCUGCAGUUUACUGCAUGCCCUUAGCGCAGGAUUCUGCGGAAGAUGAAAGAUUUGCAGAGAACUACCUGAAAAAGUUUUACAACCUCACGGAGGAAACCGGUCCAGCUUUCAGACGCGCCUGGAGCCCCAGAAGGGAGAAGCUGAUUGAGAUGCAGAGGUUCUUUGGCCUCCAGAUUACUGGAACUCUGGAUGCUGGCACCCUGGCCAUGAUGAAGAAACCUCGAUGUGGCGUUCCAGAUGAAAAAGUCGCUGAUUAUUCAAUUUUCGGAAACAAUCUCAAAUGGCAGAAGAACAGCCUCACAUACAGGAUAGAGAACUACACCCCUGACAUGUCCCAGGCUGAGGUGGACGACUCCAUCGACAAAGCCCUGCAGGUUUGGGCCAGGGUCACUCCUCUGAGAUUUACGAGAAUCUACAGCGGCACGGCUGACAUCAUGGUCUCCUUUGGUCGUCGGGAACACGGGGAUUUUUACCCCUUUGAUGGCCCUGACGGCACUCUUGCCCACGCCUUCGCCCCAUCACCUGGGAUUGGUGGAGAUGCUCAUUUCGAUGAUGAUGAGACCUUUACUUUCCGCUCAAACACAGGCUACGUCCUCUUCAUGGUCGCUGCCCAUGAGUUCGGCCACUCUCUGGGCUUGUCUCACUCCGAUGACCCUGGUGCCCUCAUGUACCCUCUGUACUCAUACAGAAACCCCGAGACCUAUGUUCUUCCCAAGGACGAUGUCAACGGCAUCCAGUCCCUCUAUGGACCAAACGAGGAUACGGUUGAGCCUGGACCUACAGCCCCCUCCACUCCCGAUGCGUGUGAUUCAACCAUGGUCUUGGAUGCCGUUGCCAGCCUGCGCGGAGAGUUGUUCUUCUUCAAGGACAGAUUCUUCUGGCGUAGCUACCCCCAGAGCAAUAGACCUCAACAAUCUCUCAUUCAAAACUUCUGGCCUGAAGCUCCAACUGACAUUGAUGCUGCUUAUGAAAACCCACAAUCAGACCAGGUCUUCAUGUUUAAAGGCCGUCAAGUCUGGGCAUUCAGAGGCUAUGACCUCGUGAAAGGCUAUCCCAAAUCAAUUUCCAGCUUUGGUCUGCCCAAAAGUGUCAAAAGGUUGCAGGGAGCCCUCUAUGAUUCCAAAACUGGCAAGACGUUCUUCUUUGUGGAUCGUCAUUACUACAGUUAUGAUGAGACCAAGAAGACUAUGGAUAAGAAAGCCCCUAAAGCAGUGGAUGAGACCUUCCCUGGCAUGACCAGCAAAGUGACAGCAGCAUUGCAGUACAGAGGUUUUGCUUACCUUUACAGCGGACCAUACAUGUUUGAGUACAGUCUGAGGACUGGGAGGUUGUUCCGUGUGCUGAGAAACACCUACUUCCUGCCCUGCAACAAUUAUAGCUACCUAAAGAAAUUCUUCAACCUGACAGAGGAGCGAGGUCUGUCGACCCGCAGGGGAAUCAGCCCUGUGAGCAGGAAGCUGGGGGAGAUGCAGAGGUUCUUUGGUCUCCAGAUUACUGGGAAUCUGGAUGCUGAAACCCUGGAGCUGAUGAAGAAGCCUCGCUGUGGGGUUCCAGAUGAAAACAUUGCUCGUUUCUCAACUUUUGGAAACAAUUUGAAAUGGCAGAAAAAUGACCUCACAUACAGGAUAGAGAACUACACACCCGACAUGUCUGUGUCUGAGGUGGACUGGUCCAUGGAUAAAGCUCUCCAGGUUUGGGCCAGGGUCACUCCUCUAAGAUUCACAAGAAUAUACAGCGGCACAGCUGACAUCAUGGUCUCCUUUGGUCGUCGGGCACAUGGUGAUUAUUAUCCCUUCGACGGCCCUGAUGGCACACUAGCCCAUGCCUUUGCUCCUUCCUCUGGCAUUGGAGGAGACGCUCAUUUUGAUGAUGAUGAAACUUUCACCUUGCAUUCAAGCAGAGGCUACGUCCUCUUCAUGGUCGCUGCCCAUGAGUUCGGCCACUCUCUGGGCUUGUCUCACUCCGAUGACCCUGGUGCCCUCAUGUAUCCUCUGUACUCAUACAGGAGCCCUGACUCCUUCGUUCUGCCCCGGGACGAUGUCAAAGGCAUCCAGUCCCUGUAUGGCUCAAACCCUACUAAAGAUCCCUCUAUUGGUGAACCUCAGCCACCUACUACUCCCGAUGCUUGUGAUUCAACAAUGGUGCUGGAUGCUGUCACCACCUUGCGAGGAGAAAUGCUUUUCUUCAAGGACAGCUUCUUCUGGCGCAGCUUACCUCAGAGCAGGACCCCUCAGCAAAGUGUCAUCACAAACGUCUGGCCCAGCGCCCCCGUCAACAUCGAUGCUGCUUAUGAAAGCCCACAGUUGGACAGAGUCUUUCUCUUCAAAGGACAUAGCGUGUGGGCUUUCUCUGGUUAUCAGCCUGUACAGGGCUAUCCAAAAAAGCUUUCACAUUUCGGCCUUCCGAGAAUGGUGAAGAAGAUCGACGCUGCUCUGCAUGAUGUGGCAUCUGGCAAAACGCUCUUCUUUGUUGGGAAGUAUUUCUUCAGUUAUGAUGAGGCCAGGAAGACUAUGGACUGGGGUUUUAGAAGGGUGGAUCAGACAUUUCCCAACAUUUCCAGCAAGGUGACGGCAGCCUUCCAGUAUAGAGGUGUGACUUACAUUUACAGUGGAUCUCACAUGUUUGAGUACGACCUCAGGACCGGGAGGCUAAAACGAAUAAUGGACUCUGUGCUGGCUGUCAAAACAGCAGUGAUGCUGGUGAUUAUCACACGCUGUGGAGCUUUUCCCACUACUUCCCCCAGCCAAGAGGACCUCUCAAAGGCCCAGAACUACCUGUCUCAGUUUUUCUCUGAAGUGGGGGUCAGUGCUCCCACCUCCAUCCAGCGAAGCUCUCUGGACUCCUUUGAAGACACUCUGAGAAACAUGCAGGAGUUUUUUGGGCUGGAAGUGACGGGACAGUUGGACUCCAACACCCUGGACGUGAUGGCUCGCCCCCGCUGUGGUUUCACAGAUGUGACUAGAUACGGUCACUUUGACGGGAGACCGAAAUGGGACAAGACUGUCGUGACAUACAGGAUAACAGAUUAUACACCAGAUUUGAGUCGAAGCGAGGUAGAUGCCACCGUGGCCAACGCUUUCAAACUCUACAGUGACGUCAUUCCUCUGGAUUUCAAACAGAUUGAGAGUGGCACAGCUGACAUCAUGAUUCUGUUCAAGACUGGAGAACAUGGGGAUUUUGCUCCAUUUGAUGGAGAGAAUGGCGUCUUGGCACAUGCAUUUUCCCCCGGAGAAGGCCAUGGAGGAGACACACACUUUGAUGAAGAUGAAAACUGGACUCUCACUUCCACAGGAGCCAACCUGUUUUUGGUAGCAGCCCAUGAGUUUGGCCACGCACUGGGCUUAGGUCACUCACAGGUCCAGACGGCUCUAAUGCAUCCCACCUACAAGUAUGUGAACACAGCAGGGUACCAGCUUCCGGAUGACGAUAGAGAGGGAGUGCAAGCUCUUUAUGGCGUCAGAGCAACUAAACCUGACCUAAAUCCACAGCCAACCGAAAGGCCCCGACCUGAACCCAUACCUGAGAGGUGCAGCAGGAACCUGAUCUUUGAUGCUGUGACCUCGAUUAGAGGAACUCUUUAUUUCUUCAAAGACGGACAUUUCUGGAGGAGGAGAAGCUCCUGGGAUGGCAUCAGUACGUACAAAAUUCAGUCUUUCUGGCCUGGAAUCAGCAAAGUCGAUGCAGCCUAUGAGUAUAAGAGCCAGAAUGCUGUGAUUUUCUUUGAAGGGAACCGUUACUGGAAACUGAGAGGUAACACUGUCCUGCCUGGUUAUCCAAGGCCUCUCAGUCACCUCGGUUUCCCUCCAUCAGUCAUCAAGGUAGAUGCUGCUGUUCAUGUGUCACGUACACACAGAACCCUCUUCUUCAUCAACUACAAAGUCUGGAGCUAUGAUGAAAGAAGGGGCAGAAUGGAUGGUGGGUACCCAAAAUUCAUUCACAGAGAAUUCCCUGGGAUUGGUUACAGAGUGGAUGCUGCUUUUGAGAACAGAGGCUAUCUGUACUUUUCAUAUGGAUCCAGACAGACAGAGUACUCCUACCCACGCAGACGAGCGCUGCAUAGUCUGUGGAACUACGCGUGGAUGGAUUGCUAAAGAAAAUAAAUGACAAAAGUAUGUUUGCGGACCUAUACUCACAGCGUAGGUCCUUCCUGUGCCUCUAAAAGAGCUCUGACGGGUCAGAGUGUGGAUGAAGAACAUCUGAACAUGUCUUGGAACGUCUGGUACCGAGAUGUUCAUAAUAGAUGCUUUGGGUCCUGUGGGUUAUGGGUGGGGUCUUUCACAGCAGCGCUUCAAGCAGAUGCACUCAGAUUCAAUCGGAUGGUUACAGCAGUUUAGAGUGCAGUUUAAAACCUUGGACCGGUCUUUAAAUUGUUUAGUUGGGUGGCCACUGUCCAAGUAACAUCCAUGUAAAUGCUAAAAUGUGCUCUUUUCCUUUUAUUCUAUUGUAAAAAGGGGACACUUUACCCAUCGUGUUCUAGUGUCAUACACACAGCAAUAUACACGUCAUGCAGCAGUAGUAAAUAUAAUUUUGCCAUUUGCCUCUCAAAGGAGACCAAAGGAAAUUCUCUUAGAUUCGUUAGAAUAACUUUUAUAUAUAUGCUGUAGAUUACAAUUGUUUGAAUUGUUUGAAAUUGUAUAAGUAAACACCAUAGUGUUCUAGUUUCACAAUAUUUAUACAUUUUAAUUUGGUAACAAGCUUAAUUACUUUAUCAUACCUGACUAUGUUUCUUGCAUCAGUGUUUCUCAACCUUUUUAGAGGGAUGGAACUUUUUGUAGGAUAAAAAAAUCCUGCAGAUCACCAUUUCCAAAAGAUUCAUGUUUUGUUUUUUUUACCCCCAGCUCUUGCAGUAUUUUAUGCACUAUUGGCUCAUAUUGAAAUAGAUCAAAUGUCAUUACUCUGCUCAGCACUAAACUUGAGGCACAUGCAGGAGUCAGUGAGUAGGAGUAUUUUUCGUGGUACACUUGAUCUCCCACAGCACACUAGCAUGGCAGGGCACGGUGGUUGAAAAUCACUGACUUGAAUUAAGAUACAACCUUUUUUAAAUGAAUCAACAGGUUCAGUGCCGCCCUGACCAUUAUGGGUGUUAUUGUGUGCGGCGGGCCCAAUAGCGUAGUGCGCCCUGUGUGUGUUAUUAUUAAGGCAAAUGAAAAAGGCUGGAUGGAUGAAGAGAUGAUGAAAGAGUGGCUGAAGCAGGUGUAUGUAAGGCGACCAGGUGAUUUUUUCCACGCAUCACCAUCAUUGUUGAUCUGUGACUCUAUGCGUGCCCAUCUCACAGCCGAUGUGAAAAAAGAAGUGAAACAAAUGAACGCUGCACUUGCUGUUAUUCCGGGAGGUCUGACAAAGGAACUCCAACCGCUGGACAUCGGUGUGAACCGGCUGUUCAAAGUGAGGCUGCGAGCAGCGUGGGAGCGAUGGAUGGAGACCAAAGUUUCACAAAGAGUGGAAGGCAGCGCCGGGCAAGUUACGCCACAGUUUGCGGAUGGAUUGUAGAUGCGUGGGCUAACGUGUCUGCUGGCAUUGUUGUUCGAACUUUUGCAAAAGCAUCAAUUACGACGGGCCGCACGGCACGGAAAGUGACUCUGACAGCGAAGAAAGUGGAACUGGCAUAUUUGAUUUAGCGCAGCUGUUUAAUUCAGAAACGGAGGCUGAGGACUUCGAUGGGUUUGAUUAAUGACGCUUGUUUUAAUUUUUGAUUAUUCAUUGGUGAUUUACAAAA